GCCCCGCUGACGUUCACAUGCCGCCUUGUCCCAUCCCCAGCAACGUGUCUGCGAGACGCAAUAACAAGCCACUACCACAACCAAAGUCCAAGCAACAUGGCCGACGAAGAUGUAGCAACGAGAGCUCCCGAAAGCGAUGCUCAGGAGGCCAGUGCAGUGCCCGGCGACAGCAAGCCCGACCAAGGCGCCGCAAGCAUGGGAGAGCAUUGCACCACCGACCGACCUACUCCAUCGGGCGAGCAACCCACAGGCGAGAUCGCCAAAUUCAACGAUGUCGAGACAUAUAUCGCAAAACCAGCCGACUACCCACACUCCCCUUCGAAGCUGCUCCUGCUCCUGACUGGCGGCACUGGGAUCCAUUCCACCAACAACCAGAUCCAGGCAGACAAGUUCGCAGCAGAAGGCUUCCUGGUCGCCAUGCCAGAUCAAUUCGCCGGCGAUCCUGCUUCUUCCGUCUCGCACACGACCACUACGCCCUCCGAACCCGAACCGAGCUUGAUCGAACAAGUGAAGCUCGGUUUCGCCUCUGUGGCCAAAUCCUUCACAAUCGAUAUGUGGCUCGCUCGUCACACUCCCGAGAAAGUACUUCCGAUUCUGCAGAAAGCCAUCGAUGGCAUCAAGGAAGAGUUCGCAGACGCCGUGGCUCAUGGAGGAGGAAUCUACGCUGUGGGAUACUGCUUCGGUGCAAAGUACGUCCUGCUACUGGGAUCAGAACUGUAUGCGGACGUUGCGGCCGGGCAGCGACAACCAGACACCGAAGCCGAAGAGGGCAUGGCGAAGAAAGGACCUGCAAUCAAAGUCGGAGCUAUUGCGCACGGCACGCAGAUCACGGCAAAAGACUUGGAGAAUUGCAAAGUGCCUCUCUCGAUCGUGGCUGUGGAGGAUGAUACUCUGUUUCCUGAUGAUGUGAGAGAUGCCGGAGUGAAGAAGCUGCAGGAGAAGAGUGUGGAGCAUGAGGUGAAGGUCUUCCCAGGUGUGCCACACGGGUUUGCAGUUCUAGGAGAUUACGAGGACGCAAAUAUCAAGGAGAAGCAGAAAGAUGCUUUCCAGCAACUGUUGAAGUGGUUGAAGGAGCAUUGAGCGGUCAACGGACUGUCAGGCAUGAUGGGAUGAGGAUUAUGAACUGCGAUUAGCGUUAGACUUGUGAAUGAACGAG